UGAUUCUUAUCUCAUCUAGAUACGUUCCAAACAUUUAUCACAAUCGUUAUCACACAGGUUUUAAUCAUUCAAGCCGCGUACCUCGGUAAUUUUCGAUAUUUCACCGAUAAACCACUCAUCCUGCGCCAUGAGUGCAUCCUACACCUGAGAAUUAAUAAAUUCCACGCAAUUACUGGUCUUUUGUGCGCAAUACAAGCUCAAAAAUGGUGAAAGUAAAACGAGAGUACGUUUUGGGCGCAGCUGUAUGCACCGUGCUAGCCGUUGCACUAUCAAUAACAUCAUUCGCUACUGAAAACUGGGUGCAAGCUGAUAUUAAACCCGUCAACGCUGAAGUCAGCACGCAGAAGAGUCAUGUAAAAUACGGCCUCUUCAACGGAGUAUACACACAAAGGUUAGACUCCGCCAGCGGCGAAUCAUUCAUCAUUACAAUGACUUGUGUAUUCGGUGAAAACUCCUGCGCCAUGUUGUGUCGUGACACUGCCGAUCAGCGUGUGUCCGAACUCGAGGAUCUCAUUAACGGUAAACCGGUGCUGGAUUGGCAGUGCAAUUUUGUGGUGCCAAAGUCGCACGGCAUCAGCGUAAUACGCGCGGAUCCGAAUCGAUUCCGAGCUGCGAGCUCCGAACGGGUGUUUUUGGACGCCGCGUGUUAUCUCGCCACUAUAAUAUUCCUCUCCGUAUCGAUUGUGUUGGGCAUUGGUUCAGCGGCUUUGCUCAUCUGGAAUGUCGCUGGCAAUCCAGUGCAAACAUUGUUUAGCAUUUACAGUAUAUAUUACUAUGUGGGUGCUGCAGCUGUUUCGAUUUUGGUGGCUAUCAUCGUAUGGGGCGCUUUAUUCGCCGCCUCCAUUGUGGAAAACAUCGGCAUUUUGGUUACGCUUAAUGGAACCAUGAAAUACGAAGGAAAUCCGAUCCUGGACUAUUCCUAUUGGUUAAAUCUUGGCUCGCUAUUUUUAUACCUGACAAGCUUCGGACUCCUGAUGACACGAAAAUAUCUCAUGGAUAAUGAGAAUUUAAUCAUGCAUAAUAUUAAUCAAGGUAAUCAGGUAAUAUUUUAAUUGUUGUAACCUUUGAGUGGGCCAAAAUACAAAAAUUUUAUUUUAUAAUUAAA